AUGAGUUGGAUCCGACAUACCUUAUUGAUUAAAGCGGUUGGUCCUGUAGGCUGCCCUCUUCUGGUUGCAUAUCUGGCAGAGGAGAGGCCUGUCGUCGUGGAGCCAGGAGGCGAGGCAGCCGCCAUGGAUGUGGUGGCCGUUCUCGCAGACGCGGUGGAUCCCGUCGGACCUGACGAGGCCGCAGAGGCCGCAGACGGGGUGCCGCAGAUCCCGGUUGGGAUUGGUGAACCGGCUAUUCAGGCGCGGGCCGCGCUUUCGCACCCGCUUCCCGCCUCCACAGCUCAUCUCGCCGCUCUAGAGGGUGUAACCCAAACAUCUUUUUUAUAA